AUGAAUUACAAUGCAAAUGAAACGUUAUUCAAGACAAUUACAAAAAUAAAUGAAACCUGGUACAAUGUUUGCUAUGAUGCUCCUCCCCAUACUGUUUCUGAUGGCUUAUGGGGUGGCAAAGAAAAUGGCAGGACUCCAAUGAAAUCCUUUCUCCCAAUGUUUGAGUUGCAGGUCCUUAUCAUUUUUGCUCUCACCCAAAUCUUUCGUUUGCUCCUCAAGCCCUUGGUACUCCCUCAAUUUAUUUCACAAAUGAUGGCUGGCCUAAUUCUCGCUGCUUCACUUCAGCUAGAGCCAUUGGACACUUACACCAAGGUGUUGUUUCCUUAUGGAACUCACGAUGUCAUUUCAACAAUAUCGUCCAUUGGUUAUGUACUCUUCAUCUUCAUAAAUGGUGUUCAAAUGGACUUUAGCAUGAUAACAAGGACGGGAAACAAGGCAUGGAGCAUUUCCUUAAUUGGAUUGUUUGUACCGUUACUUGUUGGUUUGGCACCUUUAUUGUUAUUCUUCGAUGCCUAUAAAAAGAUAGACAAACAUCGAGAAAUUUUUCUGGCAUUUGCAUCGCACACGACAGUUUCAUUUCCAGUCAUUGCUUCCCUCCUCAACGAACUUCAAAUCCAAAACUCGGAACUUGGCAGAUUGUCAUUAUCCUCUGCAUUGGUCAGUGACAUAUUGAGCUCAACUCUUGCAAACAUUGGCCAUGCGAUUGUUGUUUCUGCUGAUAGGAAAGUCCUUUCAACAAGCCUGAUCUCCUAUGUUGCCUUCAUUAUCCUUAUCCCAGCAUUGUUUCGGCCAGCAAUGUUUUGGAUCAUCAAACAUACUCCAGAAGGAAGACCUGUGAAGGAUGGUUACAUUUAUCUUAUCAUCGUGAUGGUCUUUGGUUUAGGUUGGGUUUCAGUUAAGAUAAAUCAAGAUUUUGUUCUGGGAGCUUUCGUUUUAGGAUUGUCUGUGCCUGAAGGACCUCCAUUAGGAUCUGCAUUGGUUAAGAAGCUUGAGUUCUUUGGUACUUGGUUCUUUCUGCCAAUCUUUGUGACUACCUGUGUAUUGAAAGCAGAUUUUUCCAUGCAUUAUUCACCAGUAGUUUUUACUAUUAUUGUCGUCGUCAUCUGUGCCCAUAUUCUCAAAAUAAUAGCAUGCUUUCUACCUGCCCUCUGUUGCAACAUGCCCGCCACUGAUGCUUUAUCUCUUGCCCUCAUUUUGAACGCCAAAGGCGUAGUGGAAGUCGGCACCUACUGUGCCUUAUACGACGCUAAGUUCAUGGAUGGCCAAGUAUAUGGAAUGAUGAUGAUAAGCGUAAUGUUCGUAGCAAGCAUCGUGCAAUGUUCUGUGAAGGUUUUGUAUGAUCCUACAAGAAAAUAUGCUGGCUAUCAGAAAAGGAACAUAAUGAGUUUAAAACCAAACUCUGAACUGAGGAUGCUUGUGUGCAUUCAUAAACCAAACAAUAUAUCAUCCAUGAUAGAUGUCCUUGACUUGAGUUGUCCAACAACAGAAUAUCCAAUAACUGUUGAUGCAUUGCAUCUGAUCGAGCUAGUUGGGAGGGCAGUGCCAAUUUUCAUUCCCCAUCGUCUUCAAAGGCAAGAAUCGGGUUCUCACAAGUCAUACUCAGAUGAUAUCAUUCUUGCUUUUGAUAUAUAUGAGCAUGACAAUCCAGAAGCUGUAACAGCAUACGCUUACACAGCAAUAUCACCACCAAACCUCAUGUAUGAAGAUGUUUGCCACCUUGCGUUGGACAAAGUUACAUCCAUGAUAAUACUUCCGUUUCAUCAAAGAAGGUCCAUAGAUGGUGGAGUUGAAUCUGAUGACAAGAACAUAAGGGCCCUAAAUUGUAAGGUACUAGAAGUGGCUCCAUGCUCGGUUGGAAUACUUGUUAGCCGAGCUUCCCACUCAAUAAGAGACACAACCACUCGAUUAGCCGUUAUUUAUUUGGGUGGAAAAGAUGAUCAAGAGGUUUUGUGCAUAGCCAAACGAGCAAUAAGGAACCCGAGGAUAAACCUGGAUGUUUACCACCUAGUUUGUGUAGCAGAAUUGGAGGAUCUACUGGAUGAUAAUGAGAUGCUUGAAGAUGUGAAGCAUUCACCAAAUGUAAGGUAUCAAGAGAUAACAGCAAAGGAUGGAGCGGAGACAGCAGCUUUUCUUCGUGAUAUAGUGAAUGAGCAUGACUUUUUCAUAGUUGGGAGACGCCAUGGAAUCCACUCUCCUCAAACAGAUGGACUUACAAACUGGAGUGAAUUUCCUGAAUUAGGUGUUGUCGGUGAUUUUCUUGCUUCACCUGAUUUUGAGACCCGUGCUUCUGUUUUGGUCGUGCAGCAACAACUCUUGCCCACCAAACGUAGUGUCUGGAUAUUUAAUUAG